AUGCUGGCGGGCCGGAGCGCAUCCAGAGCCCAUGCGCUGAGGGCGGCGUCCCACCCGCCGCCACCCCAGGCUUCGGGCUUCGGCCCGCCCGCCCCCUCCUUCGCCCCCGACAGCCCCUCUGAGGACGCCUCCACCGCCGAGGCCUUUGCCCUGGCGCGGACGCUGGCACGGGUGGCCGAGGAGGGAAAGGGCGGCAACACCCGCGCCCUGCACGUGGCACCCCUGGUCUACUGGACCCGGGUCAUGGUACUCAGCACGGUGACCAACCGCCCCCAGCUGCGCGCCAUGCUGGCACGCAUGGAGGCGGAGGCCCUGGGCAGGCACGGCGCGACCCCGGCGCCGGGGCCUGGUCCGGGGCGCUCCACCUGGGAGCUGCUGGACUUUGGGGACGUGGUGGUGCACCUGCAGACCGCCGAUCAGCGCGCCUUCUACGACCUGGAGGGCUUGUAUGCCGAUGCGGAGGACAUUGAGCUCGACGCGGUGGCAGCCCAGGACCAGGCGGCGGGGGCGAGCUACCAGGUGCGCCUGUGA